CUCAAGCACGCAGCACGCUGCACCUCCCCAUUCCCCCCUCUUAUAAACAUGGCUGAAAUGAACACGGACGGUGAAUUAUAGGACUGAAGCCGUCUGCUGCAGCACCACCACAGGACUCACACACACUCACACACACACUGUUGAUUCAGACAAGAAGACUGAACAUGACGUAAAUGUUUACAGCAGGAAACUAAAGCAGCAAAACUUUGAGUUUGACAGCCGCUAACGAAGAGACUUCAGCGGGACAGACCACAUCCAGCUGAGACACUACUGCAAGCGAAGCACAGACUUAAUACUGCUUUUGCAUUUAUGGAAACGAUGUUUUUAAACACAUCGUCUACUGAAGAAACCCUGGAUGUAAUGCUUUGAUGUAGCCCGAAACAGUUUUAAGAGUUUUAGGCUGCUCUUAUAUGGAUUUACAGUUCGCAUUUUUGUCAUAUCGUCCCGUUUAAAUUAUGUUCUCCGGUAAACAAACGAAGCCGACUUUUAAGUCUUAUCUUCCUCCACUUCAGACUGAUUUGAAGAAAAGUCCUCAACUGCCCAUCAAGAAACUAGAAGCGAAACUUCUACCAGGUGAAAUAGUUGUGAACGAGGCAAACUUUGUAAGGAAGUGCAUCGGAGCAGAAAGCUGUCAGGAUGACCUCUGGGGGAAACUUGUGUGUACUAACUUCAAAGUUUCCUUCAUUGCCCAUAAUUCCUUGCCACGACAGAGAUUCCAGUGCACCCACCGCCUCUUGGGCGAGCACGAUAUCCCGCUGGCUUGUGUGGAGCAGGUAGUAACAGUGAAUGAUGUUAAGGGGAAGCAGAAGAUUUUAGGUUCCGAUCAGAAGCUGAAAUUUAACCCUACUGAGCUUAUCCUCUACUGCAAAGACUUCCGCAUUAUCCGAUUCCGCUUUGAUGAAGCCGGACCCGAGAGUGCUAAAAAGGUUUGUCUGGCUAUCGCUCAUUACUCCCACCCUGCUGACCCACAGCUACUCUUUGGCUUUGAAUACGUCGGAAAGCGAUAUCAUGGAUCAACAGGUGAGCGGGUGAACGGUGUUGACCCUGGCGGGAGGCUGCAGACCCCCCUGUUCGACUGCUCCUCAGACUGGGACAGAGAGAUCAAGCGUACUGGUGCCUCCGAAUGGAGGGUGUGUACCAUAAAUCAAGGCUAUUUCAUCUCGCCCAGUCUCCCAGAGUUCUUUGUGGUUCCGGUAUCUCUAGCAGAUCAAGAUCUGAAGCAGUACGCCUGCUGCUUUUACUCCCAGCGCAUCCCGUUGUGGUGCUGGAAUCACUCCAGUGGGAGCGCUUUGGUCCGCAUGUCUAACAUCAGUGACCCGCAGCAGCAGAGAAAGGUGGAGCAGCGGAUUUCCAGUGCCAUCACUAAGAGCCACCCCCUCCGCAGUGAUGUCUUCAAGUCAGAUUUGGACAAAAACCUCCCAAACAUCCAGGAUAUUCAGGCUGCUCUGCUGAAACUGAGGCAGAUUUGUGUUAUAGAUUCCUUUGAGGAGUCUGAAGAGAAGUGGCUGUCAUCCUUAGAGAGCUCAAGAUGGAUGGAGUAUGUCAGGACAUUUCUUCGGCAUGCAGUAGAGGUAGUCUAUAUGCUGGAGAGCAGACAUGUGUCUGUCGCACUCCUAGAGAAAGAGGAUCGGGACCUGAGUUGUGUGAUUUCCUGUCUGGUGCAGUUGAUGUGCGAUCCUCACUGCAGGAGUCUGCACGGCUUCCAGGGACUGAUCCAGAAGGAAUGGAUAAUGGCUGGCCAUCGGUUCCUCGACCGCUGCAACCAUCUGAAGAAGAACGACAAAGAGGAGUCUCCUGUGUUCCUGCUGUUCCUGGACUGUGUGUGGCAGCUGUGGAGUCAGUACCCAGCAGCCUUUGAGUUCACUGAGGUGUACCUGACAGUGCUGGGGGACAGUAUGUGGGUCCCCGUCUUCAGCACCUUCCUCUUUAACUGCCCCCGACAAAGAGCAGAGCACAGCAGGGAUUUUGCAAGCAGUAAGAGUAUUCACCUGGGGCAGGACCAGGCUCUGCGCUUUCCUCCAGUAUGGGACUGGUCUCAACAGUUCAGUCUUAAAGACCAGACUCUCUUUAAUAAUCCCCUGUACGUGGGCAAGAUCGCCACCUGUGUGCAGAACGGCACUGUGAAGACAUUCACACACAGGCGCAGCAAGAAAAACUACAGCUCCACACUGCGGGGUCUGCCCUCUGCUUUGAGAAACGGCUCGCUCGGACCGAACGACACCCUGGCGCGCCGGAACUCCCUCGUGCUGCGUCUCCGUUCUGAUUUGUCUCAGGUGCGGGAGCAGCAGGAGACCCCAUCGGAACGCUUCAUUCGGGACUUUUUCUCUCGUCCUGUCGACCUACAGGGCCUGCUGCUCCCCCAGCUCCUCCCAUCUCACCUCUCUGUCUGGAAGCUCUACUUCCUGCGCUGGGUUCCCGAGGCACAGAUUCCUCAGGGCGGGCCCAUCACCGCCUUUCACAAGCUCUCAGUGCUCACAGACGAGAUUGAAAUGCUCCAGAACCAGUUGAGGCAGUACCAAGGAGCAGCGGGUACUCCUAACAACCUGCACGCGGAGCACAGCAAAAUGUACUUUAAGGCGACUCCGACUCCUCACCAGUCCCCUGCUCCUCCAGAGUACCUCAGCUCCUCGUUCCCUUUCUCUCCUGUGGGCAAUCUGUGUCGCCCCGGCGUCCUGGGGACUCCUCUUAGCAAGCUACUCAACGGAGCCAAGAUCUGGCUCUCUACGGAGACACUGGCUAAUGAGACGAUUUGAGGGCAGACUGUGGACUGAUAGGACUGUGAGGUCAAACAAACAGGAAGAUCUUUUCACUUGUAUUUAGGUCUCAUUUGGAAUGUGCAGGCUUGUGGUACUGACAGUUACCUGGACAUUUUUAUUCAGUCUGUUGAGCGUUGUCAGUCAAUGAGGGUUUGUUUUUGCACAUGAUUGAAUAUAAAGCUCCAAUCGCACAUCUUUCUGACUUAGGAUUGUUUGGAUCAGUUGUACACUGCCUGUGUGGACUUUUCUCCUGGUGUUAAAAGAUUUGGUGGAUUUUUGUGUGGAGCUUGUGGCAUUAGUUGGAAAGGAAGUAGAACUGGUAACACUUUAUAUUAAGGUUCAAUUUGUUAACAUUAGGUAAUGCAUUAGGGAUCAUGAACUAACAAUAAACAAUUUUUACAGCUAAUGUUACAUUUCCAUGUGAAUACACACUACCAUUCAGAGGUUUAGGGUCAGUAAGUUUUCUAUUUUAAUGUUUACUCUUA